AGUGAUCUCAGCUAAAACCUCAAAUGCUCAUCUCGACAUUUCUGCGCUCAAAUACCAGCACUCGGACGCAAGUGCUGAAACUUUGUCGUCGUAUGUUAUCUUCAAGCGAUAAGACGAAAUAUAAACUCAUCUACUUCAAUGCGAGGGCAAUAGCUGAAGUAGCACGACAGCUUUUCGCAUUAGCUGGGCAACCUUUUGAAGAUGUUCGAGUAAAUCCGAAGGAAUGGCCGAAACUCAAACGAGAAAUGCCGUUCGAGCAACUGCCAGUUUUGGAAGUGGACGGGAAACGUAUCGCUCAAUCAUAUACAAUUUGUCGCUUUUUGGCAAGGCGAUUUGGCUUUGCUGGUCAAACACCAUUUGAGGAAGCGAUAGUAGAUUCGAUAGUGGAUCAGUUUAGGGACUAUUUAUUUGAGACAAGACCGUUCUUAGUUUUACUAAUUGGCGUUGGAGAUGGUGAUGUGGAAACUCUCAAGAAGACAUUAUUUUUGCCCGAACGCGCGAAAUUGUUUGGCUUUAUGAAGAAAUUUCUGAAUGAUAGUAAAUCCGGUUACCUGGUCGGUGAUUCGGUGACUUGGGCAGAUCUUUGCUUAGCUGAACAUGUGGGAACUUAUGCAGAAUUGUUUCCGGAAAUGUUGGAAGGUUACCCUGAAAUCAAAGCUCACACAGACAUGGUACGCAGCAUACCUCAGCUGAAGCAAUGGAUAGAAAAACGACCAAAAACCAAAUUUUGA